UGGUGUUGGGGGAGGGCAGUGAUGAGCCCUGCAGAGACAAGAAGUGUCACAAUUCUGGAUGAGACUGCCUGGUACAGCUCACUCAGACCAGAGCCAGCAUGUCCACACGAGUGACUGCAAGUAUCAGAGCAAAGGGCACUUGUGGAUCCAGAAAUGUGUUUUUUGGCGUCACACCACAAAAGAGUCUUUGUGUAACUGCAACAGGGGCUGUGGUGGAUAGAAAGCUAGAAGGGGGGAAAAGAGCAGUGAAAGGGGUGCAAAGCUUUGAGGAGAUCCCUCACACAGGCAGGAGUGGAUGGCUCAACCUGGUGAAAUUCUGGAGAGAAAACCGUUUCCAGCAGCUCCACAAGCACAUGGAGUCGACCUUCAACACACUGGGUCCCAUCUACAGAGAGAAAGUGGGCACCCUAAGCAGUGUGAACAUCAUGCUGCCAUCUGACAUCAGUGAGCUGUUUAAGUCCGAGGGCCUGCACCCCCGACGGAUGACCCUGCAGCCCUGGGCGACACAUCGAGAAAUACGCAACCACCGCAAAGGAAUCUUCCUCAAGAAUGGUGAAGAGUGGAGAGCUGACCGUGUUCAGCUGAACAAGGAGGUGAUGAUGAGUGCUGCAGUAAAGCGCUUUCUCCCGCACCUUGAUGAGGUGGCGAAGGAUUUCUGUCGAAUGCUGCAGUCAAGAGUGGAAAAGGAGGGAAGAGGAGAGAAGGGAAAACACAGUAUCACCAUCGAUCCCAGCGCUGACCUUUUCCGCUUCGCGCUGGAAGCCAGCUGCCACGUGCUCUACGGAGAGCGUAUUGGCCUCUUCUCCUCAUCCCCCUCCCUGGAGUCUCAGAAGUUCAUCUGGGCUGUGGAGCGAAUGCUAACAACCACUCCUCCUCUCCUCUACCUGCCCCCUCGCCUACUUCUACGCAUGGGUGCACCCCUGUGGACCCAGCACGCCACUGCGUGGGACCACAUCUUCAGUCAUGCGGAGGCGAGGAUCCAGAGGGGGUACCAGCGCCUGUCAUCCUCCCUAGGUCGAGGGUCUGUGACUGGGGUAGCUAGAGGCCAGUACACUGGAGUUCUGGGGCAACUGAUGGAGAAAGGGCAGCUAUCUUUGGACCUCAUCAAAGCCAACAUCACUGAGCUGAUGGCUGGAGGAGUUGACACGACAGCAGUGCCCCUGCAGUUUGCUCUGUUUGAGCUGGGACGCAACCCUGAGGUGCAGGAGAGGGUCAGGCAGCAGGUGAGGGUGUCGUGGGCACAGGCUGGUGGGGACCCUCAGAAAGCCCUGCAGGGGGCACCACUUCUGAAAGGCACAAUUAAAGAGGUUCUCAGGUUAUACCCAGUGGGAAUCACAGUGCAGCGGUAUCCAGUCAGAGACAUCAUUCUCCAGAACUAUCACAUACCUGCUGGGACAUUAGUCCAGGCCUGUAUUUACUCAAUGGGGAGGAGUUCAAAGGUAUUUGAAGACCCACUGCGCUUUGACCCCAUGCGAUGGAGCAGAGAAGAGGCCCAAAGGGGAGAAACUGCAGGAUUUCGCUCCCUGGCGUUUGGGUUCGGGGCAAGGCAGUGUGUUGGGAGGAGGAUUGCUGAGAACGAGAUGCAGCUUUUACUCAUGCAUAUCCUGCUGAGCUUCCAUCUCAGCGUGCCGUCCUCAGAGGACCUCCAAACCACAGUCACCCUCAUCCUCCAGCCCAAGACUCCACCGAGGAUCAUUUUCAGCAAGCUCUGACACACAUGCACAUAGGAGAGAGUCAUGCUGUCAUCAUUUGACAAGUUUAAUCGCGUAGCUUAGUGUGCUUUAAUUAUUUAUUUCUGAUUAUUCCUAAUAAAGGUUACUGAGCUUUUUAA